CAAUGCCCGGUGUGCACCAAAAGGUGGCAAGUCUCUCUCCUACUGCUGAUGGAAUGGAAGUUGGGUUGACAACGUCAACCACCUGUCCUGGGGUGUCUGAGACGAGUCUUGUGGUUGUGGACAGCCCUCCGCCCGUAAUAAACCAAAAUUAGACAAAAUCAGUCAAACCACAAAAUCUCUGGAGGAGGAGGAGGAACGGCAUCAUUUUUUUUACCAUCCCUCUAGGUUUUAGCUUUCCCCUAUUUUCUCCGUUUCAUCAGCAAGUAUAUUCAUUCAUUCCAGGGAAAGGAGGAGAAACUCCUUCCUCCUUCCAUCCUCUCUCUCUCUCUCUCUCUCUCGUUAUCCGAGGGAGAAUUUCAAGUAUCAAAUCACUCGCUUUCUCCUGCUUUGUUUCUGGAUGGCUGUCAGCUUCAAAUACUGGGAUGAUUGCGUUGAUGCCCAGGACUUGGAAGCGAUGUGGAUGGAUCCUGAGGUAGGUGCUGAAUGGAUUAAUGCUGGAGAGACUAGAGAAUCGAAAGUUCACCUCUCACGUGAUCCUGAUGGGCAGCCUUAUCUUACACAAACUGAGAUGAAGGCUGUGGCUGGGAUUAUUGUCCGCAGGCAUUUUGUUUCGCAGAUAGACUCGGAUAUGAUUUGUGCUAUUGCCGAACUUGAGAGUGACAGGCAACCCCUUGCUACACGAUAUAACAAAAAAAGUAAAGAGAUUACUGUGGGGAUCAUGCAUAUUCUACCAAAAACUACAGAGUGGCUGGUCAGAGAGUUGGGUUACAAAGCAUAUGAAGUGGAAGGGGACUCAAAACUUCUGUACAAGCCUUUCGUAAAUGUAUAUCUUGGUGCUGCCUACCUUAAGUGGUUAUCGAAUUAUGACCAGAAAGAAAGAAGUGAAGAGUUCAUGGUGAGGGCUUAUAAAGGUGGUACAAAGAAGGCAACCCACAAAUCAACUUUGCAAUAUUGGCGACGGUAUCUUUCUGUCAAGGAAAGUCUUCCAUCCAGAAAAAUCUUUGAUGUUGGUCCGUUGCCGAGUGGUCCUUCCACUUCUGCUGCUCCAGUUUCAAAAGAGGAAGGUGUUGUCAAGAUAACUUGGGAUUCUAGGACUUCUCCAGAAGACAUGGAGGAGAUGUGGAAUCAUCCUAUCGUAAGUAAGGAGUGGAACAAAUCUGGAGAGAAACGGGGAAAAGUCCGAUUUUCACUUGACACAGAGAAGAAACCCUAUCUUUCCCGGGAUGAAUUGAAGGCGGUUGCGGAAACCAUUCUUUCAAAGCACUUCAGUACAAGACAAGUCCAACCAACAGUUUUGUGUGCUCUUGCUGAGAUUGUUAGCAUGCGUUUCUUGAAUGGGGUUGGACAACGUCCUGGAUUGAUGGGAAUCGACUACCCUACAGCUCAUUGGCUUUACAAGGACUUGGGUUACAAGGCCUACAUAGUGCAGUCUGUUGAGGAUCUUACCAAGCCAUUUGUUUCUAUGUAUUUUGGUGCGGCCUAUUUAGCUUGGUUAUCAGAAUAUGAAGGGAGGGAACGGACUCCCCAGUUUGUUGUUCAAGCUUAUCUUGCAGGGCCAAAGAAAGUGAGCUUUCAAGAAACGGAUCCUAUUUGGCUGAAAUUUGAGGAAGCAUUAAGCCGUUAUGAAGGUUUAAAAAAGGAACAAGGGAGCUGCACCAUUUUAUGAGCAGAUAACACCACCUCACAUUCUCUAGAGUCUGUAUGGCAUCUAAUCUUCUAGUUUUCUUGAAUAUGAUUGGACGCUUUACUGACAAAUAAAAAAUAGAUAGUAUUUCAGAAGUCGUUUUGUGGAAGUGGAAUAAGGAAUAUUUUUGGAGAGGAGAUUUGUUCAUUUGCAAAAAUGCAUAGAAGGUGCAUCUGUAUCCCUCGCUUUUCUUUGUAACCCUGUGGUGGGAUUGGAUGAACUUUGAAAGUGUUGAAUAUCAGGUAAGAUUUUGUAAUACAUAUCCAAUUAUUUUAUGAAUUCUGCUUCGAGGGAUAGUUUGCUCCUAAGGUAUAAUGAGGAGCAUCACAAUUCCCGAAAAGAAUCCAGAUCAGCAACAAACGAAAG